CUUAGGACACCGCCGUUUCAGGGAUAAUCUUUUAUUAUUUCACGAUAUAAUUUACGGCUAUAUAAGCCUUAGCUUCGAGGAGAAGGUAUCCAGUUCGGUGGCGUCAUUCUCUAGUGGAUUUUCUCCCAGAAAACGAGGGAAACUCUGACACAUUGGACGUGCUCCAACUGAAGGGAGACGAUGAAGACUAUUAACUCGGCUUUUCUUCUGUUGUGUUUUAGUCUUUGGGCUACUAACGAAGCGUUUGGAGAGAACCCGAAAAAUCAGACUGGGGCCACCAAUAAAGCGAAACCUGUCCUCAAUGCUUCUGAAGCACCAGCAAAGGCAACUGCGGCGAGUGGUAGUACCACCACUCUCGGGGCAGGAGAGUCAGUCACCAUACAGUCCCAGAAUUAACCCAAAAAUUAUCCUGUUCCGCAGAACAGCACUUGGAAAUUUGUGGGUCAGUUGAAUGAGUCCAAGAUAAAUAUCUCCUGUGACGUUUUCAAGCUCAACAGUUGUACUUUCUCCUACGUUGAUAUCAUGUAUGGUAAUACCAGCUCAAGGUACUGUGGUAGGGUGUCAGCGCUCAAACAGACAAGCACCUCGAAUCAGCUGACGGUCACCUUCAAGGCUACCAGGAUAGGGAAUAAGGGCUUCCACUGCACAGUCACUGCUUCUGAUCCAAAUGCUCCCACACCACCACCACCAACUCCACCGCCAUCUUCUUCAUGCCGUUGCGGUGUCGUCAACCGGAAUGCCAAGAUCGUUGGAGGUGUUGUGACUGAGAUGUACGAGUACCCCUGGCAGACGGCCAUAACUUCCAUAGCAUCGAAUCAACCAUUCUGCGGUGCUUCCAUCAUCGCCAGCCAAUGGAUCCUGACUGCAUCGCACUGUGUUUAUGGCACAACGGCAUCUUCCAUCAAGAUCGUGGUUGGAGAAUACGACUGGAGUAAGCCAGAUGAGACAAAUGAAACUUCCUAUACAGUUGAAAAAAUCUACACGCAUCCGGAUUACAGCCCAGUCACCGUCAAUAACGACGUGGCACUCUUGAAGUUAUCGCAGCCAAUCGUAUUUUCCUCUGAUAACAAAGUCGCUCCGGUCUGUCUUCCGCCUCCAGAUCUGCUCUACGAAAAUGUCAAUGCCACAGUGACUGGCUGGGGAACCUUGUCGUCAGGAGGUCCUCAGCCUACUAUGCUGUAUGAAGCAGUUGUCCCAACAAUGACCAACGCCAAAUGCAACACGUUAUUGAACAAUCAGGUCACUGCCAACAUGAUCUGCGCUGGAAUAGACGCGGGCGGAGUUGACACCUGCCAGGGUGAUUCUGGAGGACCAAUGGUAACUGGCAGUCAGUCUGGAACCUACAUGGAACUGAUUGGAGUCGUGUCAUGGGGUUAUGGAUGCGCUGAGCCUAACAAGCCAGGCGUAUACGCUCGAGUCAACAAGUUCCUGACCUGGAUAAAUAGUACUAUUGGAGCUGCCACCAAAUGCCCACAUCCAUAGGAAUAACGUUUCUCCUUCAUCUAACUAAGAAAAAAAUAACUUCAAUUGAUGUGAUAAUAUCAAUCAUUAAAUAAUUUUUGAAAGUUGCAUAUCUCUACACUGGCAGUGAGUGGUUUGAAACUGCUAUAUUUAACAAAAUCUGAUAACCAAAAUUGAGAUUUCAUGCUCUAAAAAUUGUAUUUUUAACUGA